UUUAUUUCCAUCUGGUCACACCAAGUCCCAUCGCAAAAAAUCAAAACAGCUCCGUAUUUUUCUGCCAAUUUUAAGGUAACCAAAGCAAAAUGGGCGAACGCUACAACAUCCACAGUCAGCUGGAGCAUCUGCAGAGCAAGUACAUCGGCACAGGACACGCGGAUACCACCAAGUUCGAGUGGCUAACCAACCAACACCGCGACUCUUUGGCCAGCUACAUGGGACACUACGAUAUUCUCAACUACUUUGCCAUUGCGGAAAACGAAUCGAAGGCCCGAGUGCGCUUCAAUCUGAUGGAGAGGAUGCUACAGCCAUGCGGACCACCGCCAGAAAAGCAAGAAGACUAAGCAAUCCCAAUUUAAAAACAUUAAAAAAAUUUAUAAACAA